AUGGAAGUCUCGAAUUCCCCUUGGUCUUCUCCUCUGGUGGUCGUGGUCAAGAAGGAUAAAAAUCUUCGAUUUUGCAUUGACUAUUGUGAAGUCAAUAAGAAACUUGUUCUUGAUGCUUAUCCACUACCAACCAUGGAUGCUAUACUUCAUGAUCUUGGAAAGAAGCAAUGGUUCAGCACUCUUGAUUUAAAAAGCGGCUUCUGGCAAGUCCCACUAUCAGAAGAAUCGAAACCCAUCACCGCGUCCUCAACGCCUGAUGGACUGUUCCAAUUUACGGUUCUACCUUUCGGGUUAGCCACGAGCCCAGGAGUGUUCCAAAGAUCUAUUUCCAUGCUUUUCAAAAAUAUGAGAUGCAAACAGAACGUUCAUAUCUACUUAGACGAUCUCAUAGUAGCAACUGAAGAUCUGCCCGCUCACAUACGUACGUUAGAAGAAGUAUUCGAGACAGCGCAAAAAGCGCUAUUGAAACUGAACGCAGUCAAGUCACGCCUCUUUCAAAAGUCAGUAACUUUCUUAGGCCACAUCAUUAGUAAAGACGGCAUUGCCACGUGUCCUGACAAGACCAUGUCCAUCGAGGCAUAUCCUGAACCCACCAACAUCAGUGAUCUUAGAACCUUUCUGGGUAUGUCCUCAUACUACCGCAAAUUUGUACACAAAUUCGACUCGAUAGCGAAACCUCUGUACGAGCUCACAUCACCCAAAACACCGUGGGUCGGGACUAAUGGAUAG